GAUUUUUUAACUUGGAAACCGUUGCGCAACUCCCUAAAAACCUGCCCAACGCGUUAAUCUCGUUGGGCUGCAGCCUUUUCGUGUGCACUCAAACGACUCCUCUAUUGUUUUGUCGCGACCGAAUCGCGUCUGGCCAGACAAAUAAGAAGUGACAGAACAAGACAAAGACAACAACAAGCAGUCAGUUUAUAUCCGGUAAUUUAGGUACCUAACUGAAAACUUCUUCUAUCAACCAGAUUACCUAUUCAGUGGUGUUGGGCUGCAGCAGUUUAGCUUUUCAAGGCGCCGGCUCCUGCUUGUACACAGUAAAAGACUCUGAAUUGAACCGUCUUUUUGUCCCGUGGUCUAUUUCGCAGCGUAUGUCCUGAUACCCCGGUAUCUUCCUUUUGUCAACCGCUACGUUUUUUUUUCUUCGAUUCCAAAAAGACGACAGACACCAAUCGAUUAUCAGUCGACGUACGACAUCGCCCCGCGACACCUUAGAAAGGCACCAAUUCGGAUCUUGCUGCCUUACCCAACAUCUUGUGCCAAUCGACAUUUGACGGCGCAGCAAUUGCUCUGUCGCCAGCCCACCUCCACCGGGCCGAUAUUCUUGGCCAAAGUUGCCCACCACGGCGGACCCUGACGAACCUGAUAGACAACCUCCCGAAUCAGAUUUUCUGUAACCAAGUUGGAGAAAAUCGAGUCGGCUGCCCGCGAUGUCUCAGAACCGUCCAGCAGCCUUCAAUACCCUACGGAUGGGUGAAGUCAUCCGUGAAAAGGUGCAAGAUGGAAUCACCGGAGAGACGCGCGAUUUGCAGUACACGCAAUGCAAGAUUGUUGGCAACGGUUCAUUCGGCGUCGUCUUUCAGACAAAGCUGUCACCCUCGAACGAAGAUGCUGCGAUAAAGAGGGUUCUUCAGGACAAGAGGUUCAAGAAUCGAGAGCUACAGAUCAUGCGGAUUGUUCGCCAUCCGAACAUUGUGCAGCUAAAAGCAUUUUACUACUCUAAUGGGGAGCGCAAAGAUGAGGUGUAUCUGAACCUGGUACAAGAAUUUGUACCCGAGACCGUCUAUCGAGCUUCGAGGUUCUUUAACAAGAUGAAGACUACUAUGCCGAUUCUCGAAGUCAAACUCUACAUCUACCAGCUCUUCCGGGCACUGGCCUACAUUCACUCUCAGGGAAUCUGCCAUCGCGAUAUCAAGCCACAAAACCUCCUCCUCGACCCGACCACCGGCAUUUUGAAGCUGUGUGACUUUGGAAGUGCCAAGAUUCUCGUCGAGAACGAGCCCAACGUGUCGUACAUCUGCUCACGAUACUACCGCGCCCCCGAGCUAAUCUUUGGAGCCACCAACUAUACCACCAAGAUUGACGUCUGGUCCACUGGCUGCGUUAUGGCAGAGCUGAUGCUUGGCCAGCCGUUGUUCCCAGGCGAAUCUGGUAUAGAUCAACUCGUGGAGAUUAUCAAGGUUCUGGGCACGCCGACUAGGGAGCAGAUCCGUACUAUGAACCCCAACUACAUGGAGCACAAGUUCCCUCAGAUUAAGCCUCACCCUUUCAACCGGGUUCUCAGGAAGGCGGACAACAAUGCCAUUGACUUGAUCGCUCGACUCUUGGAGUACACACCAACUGAGCGACUCAGCGCCAUCGACGCAAUGGUUCAUCCUUUCUUUGACGAUCUCCGCAAUCCAUCAACAAAAUUGCCAGACUCGAGGCAUCAGACUGGUCAGGUUCGGGACUUGCCGCCUCUGUUUGACUUCAACCGGCACGAAUUGUCGAUCGCUCCACAGCUGAACCACCAACUUGUACCGCCACACGUGAGGCCUACACUGGCGGCUCAAGGCUUGGAUAUUGAUCACUUUACGCCUAUGCGGAAGGAGGACAUGCUUGCGAGGUUAGAUUGAGGGGAUGGAAUGGUCUAUGGGCUCCCGUAGCUCAUAGGGCUUCUAUUGUAUCGGUAACAUCGGUCUGAAAACGAUACGACAUCUCAUCUCACGAUUUUGGGAAUUACGCAGAGGAUCCUGGCUACGAUGUAGCGGCAACGGACGCCCCUGACAACCCCAGUGAUCCGGGCUGUCCUGAUGUGAUUUUAGCCGCCAACACUAGCAGCUGAGAGAAUAUUGUCGAUAACGUUGGAACGGACAACCGGGAUACAACCCGAAAUCGUGCCAGGCCGGCCAGAAGCCGCCUUGGCCCGAGCGCCCUCGACUGUCGGUGGUGUUCGGGAUCCGGAUUGGUUCAGGGGUCUACUUGCGUAUUGGCUCCGGAUGUGGAACAGAGCAGGCUGAUAUGUGCUUGCCCGGUGCCAAGACCUCAUCCAGUUUGAGGCUCGAGGCGACCGUCUUUUUUUGGAAGAACAGAUCAAGAUUUGCAACCUUUUUCUCCUCUAGAUUUCACUCUGCAUGAUCUGAUAUGGCUUUACUCUCUCCAAGCUGCAUUUGGCACCGGCAUUUGAGUCAGUCUGUGCGCGAUGAGGGCUAUUUGAUUUGUUCUCUGGCGGGCAAGCAGCUAUCUGUUGUUGACUCGCUGGAGUGAUGCUGGCUUGUCCACGUUUUGUUUCGUUUGCGCAAUCACACUGCCAAAGGCGGUGGGUUUCCUAGUUGUUCAGGGUCUGCACACGGUAGUCGUCUUAUGGCAUCUGCCACGGAACUACAAAGGUUCAGAGAUGUCAUAUGCGCUCAGUUUGAAACUCGACAUGACUAGAUCAAUCUUUUAACCAGAUGCUACCGAAUGAGAUCGAAUGCAUAGGCUCACAGAUUACAGGCAUUGAAAAAGGGCACGAAAAGUGGGCCGGCGUCACUUUCGCAUCAAUUUAUUAUGUAUCUCUUAUCUUGUUCGCCGUCGUAGUUUUCCGAGGAA